UAUAUAAGUCAUGGUCUAUACGCAUGCGUGCCAGUGGUGCGCAUGCGCGGGUAAAUCGGUGCUGGACAGGUAGCGACAGCGCUGUUCGAGUUUCUGCUGCAGAGUUUCUGAGUUUGGUCGUCAUGAUGCCGCUGGCGAGAUUAGCACAGAGAGCAAAAGCGCUGCCCACCUGUAUCUCUCAGACACGGAUGUUUGGAAAUGGCACAGCAGUUCUACGGCAGAGUGACGACAGCAGUGCCCCCCAAGCUCGGUUCUUCCCCCCGUUACAGGAACCGAUGCUUCUCCCGGGGACUUUUAAAAACAAGGUGGCCUUCAUCACAGGAGGAGGGACAGGACUGGGGAAAGGCAUGGCCUUCACUCUGUCCUCUCUGGGGGCAGAGUGUGUGAUAGCCAGCAGAAACUUGGAUGUUUUGAAGGCGACUGCAGAGGAAAUCUCCAGUCAGACUGGUAAUAAGGUUCAUCCUCUGCAGUGUAACGUGAGGGACCCGGCCUCUGUAAAGGCUACUGUAGACCAGAUGGUCAAUGAUGUUGGACUCCCUGAUGUGGUGAUCAACAAUGCGGCAGGCAACUUCAUUUCCCCAUCUGAAAGGCUCUCGGCCAAUGCUUGGAAGGCCAUAACAGACACAGUUCUGAACGGCACAGCCUACAUCACCCUGGACAUUGGGAAGCGCCUCAUUGCAGCUCAGAAAGGUGCAGCAUUUCUGUCCAUCACCACAAUCUAUGCUGAGAGCGGCUCUGGGUUUGUAAUGCCCAGUGCAUCUGCCAAGGCAGGAGUUGAGGCUUUGUGCAAGUCUCUGGCAGCAGAGUGGGGACGAUACGGCUUGAGGUUCAACAUUAUGCAGCCAGGGCCGAUCAAAACCAAGGGUGCCUUCAGCCGCUUGGAUCCCACUGGCAAGUUUGAGAAAUCGAUGGUUGACAGAAUACCGGUCGGUCGCCUGGGCACUUUAGGAGAGAUUGCCAACCUAGCUGCCUACCUCUGCAGUGACUAUGCCAGCUGGGUGUCGGGUGCGACUAUCAAAAUAGACGGCGGUGAAUACUCGUUUAUGGCUGGUGAAUUUAAUGGGCUUAGUUCGGUCACGAAGGAUCAGUGGGAUAUGAUGGAGGCCAUAAUCAGACAGACAAAGGGAUCCUAAUGAUCAAACCUAAGGAUGGCAGACAGUGAGCUCACUGCACAUGAACUAAUUUGACAUGCAGUUCCAUACAGUGUUCAUGUAGUUCUUUUGUGUAUAUAGUUAUAAUGCAUAUAAUUAAACAUGCCCUAAAAUGUGUGUAGGACUUAAGUGCUCUCUGUCUGUGAAAAUGGUGCCUCUGUGCCAUAUGUCUCUAAAUAACCAUCAUGAAAAAUCCACUUUGCAUUUGAUCACACUUUGGAUGAUGGUAGAUCUAAUUUUAUCUGCAUUUCAUAUCCUUUCUGAAGAAUACCUUUGUCAUGUCACAUUAAAUUGUCUGUUUUCCACAUACAUGUAUUCAUGCUUAACUUUGUGCCUUUGAUGAAAGUAGAGGUCUUUUUUUAUUAUUAUUACGUCCAACGUUCUUAGUUUAAUGUGGCAGGUGAGAUUGAAGACUUACACAUGAUGUAGUUCCCUUUACUAACCAGAUUUUACAUCAUGCACAUUUUCGUGUUCUUUAAACUGAGUAGACCCAUCGUCUUAAAAAAAAAA